ACAAACCCAGCAGCCUCAACCUAGUUCAUGGAGGAGCCUCGAGAGAUACUGGCCAGGCAAGCUCUCCCUUCCAGAGGAAAGAGCAGAGCGUGAGACAAGGGCGCUGCAGCAGGGGUGGACAUGAACACUGGUUUUCAAAGAGAACAACGUUUUAGUUUCGGUCAUCGAAAGUGGUGCCUUCAGCACAGAAGAGCGUGAAUUCCCCUCCACGGCCGUCAGUCUCCAGCACGGGGCUAAAGGGCAGAAGAGGCCAACAGAGCCGUCUGUGGCGUCCAGCGUGGCUUCUCUCUUGCCGGGACCAGGGAUGACCGGGCCAUGCACCCAGACGUCUCCAGCCUUCAGCAGUUCACAGAGCACAAAGGAGACUCGUAGGGGGCCACUUGCCACUGCCAACUGAAACAAUACGAUGGCAACCUUGACGUCCUUCAUGACAUUUCUGCAACAGACAUUCAGGCAGAAAGUGCUGGCGCGUUUUCUGUCUGCCAAGUAGAGGGCCAUGCCUCACCGACGUGAAUGGUUUGGGCCCUGAUGACCUGCUCCGAGUCCACUCACAGCCAGCAACACUUGCAAAAAAACUCCCAAAGCCGUCCUUGGUUGGGCUUCCUCAGCUCUUGACCAAUGUGGCCAAAACCAGAUGCCUCCUUGGGACACUUGGAUUCUUCGUAAAUGCAGCCUGCCCUGACCCUCCCUGAAUAGCAUCUGAAGUCUCCCUGGAGGUCAUGGAUCCUGAACAAAGUGUCAAGAGCACCAAGAAGGCUGAGGGAAGUCCCCGGAAGCGGCUGACCAAAGGAGAGGCCGUCCAGACCAGUGUUUCAUCCGGCGCCUCGUACCCAGGCAGCAGCACAGCCACCACCCAAGAGGGCCCCCUCCAAGAGCUCCUCGCCCCGCAGCCCUUCCUGGGCCCCUCAUCAGUUCUUAGGGAAGGCUCUCAGGAGAAAACGGGCCAGCUGCAGAAGCCCCCCAAGAGGUCCUCCAUGGAAGCCUCUGUCCACAUUGCGCAGCUCCCACAGCGCCCUCUGACGCCAGCAUUCAUGUCACCUGGCAAACCUGAGCAUCUCCUGGAGGGCUCCACGUGGCAGCUGGUUGACUCCAUGAGACCCGGACCCUCAGGCUCCUUCGUGACCCCUGGGCUCCAUCCUCAGAGCCAGCUCCUCCCUUCCCACGCUUCCAUCGUUCCCCCCGAGGACCUGCCUGGCAUUCCCAAAGUCUACGUGCCCCAUCCCUCCCAGGUGUCCUUGAAGCCUGCAGAAGAGGCACACAGGAAGGAGAGGAAGCCGCAAAAGCCGGGCAAAUACAUCUGCCAGUACUGCAGCCGGCCCUGUGCCAAGCCCAGCGUGCUCCAGAAGCACAUCCGCUCGCACACGGGUGAGAGGCCUUACCCCUGCGGCCCUUGUGGCUUCUCCUUCAAGACCAAGAGUAACCUCUACAAGCACAGGAAGUCCCAUGCCCACCGCAUCAAAGCUGGCCUGGCCUCGGGAAUGGGCAGCGAGACGUACUCCCCGGGGCUGGAGAUGGAGAGGAUCCCAGGGGAGGAGUUUGAGGAGCACACUGAGGGAGAGAGCACAGAUUCAGAAGAGGAGACAGGCACCACAUCCACUCACCCUGCAGAGCUCUCCCCUAGACCUAAGCAGCCCCUCCUGUCCAGCAGUUUGUACAGCUCUGGGAGCCAGGGUUCCAGCCACGAGCGCUGUUCCUUGUCCCAGUCCAGCUCAGCCCAGUCACUCGAGGACCCCACUCAAUUCGCGGAGCCCACAUCUGAACUCCCCCUGAGCCAUAAACACGAAGACACCCACACGAUAAAGCAGAAGCUGGCUCUUCGCUUAAGCGAGAGGAAAAAGGUCAUCGACGAGCAGGCGUUUCUGAGCCCAGGCAGCAAAGGGAGCACGGAAUCUGGGUAUUUCUCCCGCUCCGAGAGCGCCGAGCAGCAGGCCAGUCCCCCCAACACCAACGCCAGAUCCUAUGCUGAGAUCAUCUUCGGCAAGUGUGGGAGGAUUGGGCAGCGGACCACCAUGCUGACGGCCCCCUCCACCCAGCCCCUCCUGCCCCUGUCAACCGAAGACAAGCCCAGCCUGGUGCCCUUGUCUGUGCCCCGGACGCAGGUGAUUGAGCACAUCACCAAGCUCAUCACCAUCAACGAGGCAGUGGUGGACACCAGUGAGAUAGACAGCGUGAAGCCCAGGAGGAGCUCGCUGACGCGGCGCAGCAGUGUGGAGUCCCCCAAGUCCAGCCUCUACCGGGAGCCUCUGGCGUUCCACGGUGAGAAAACGAAGCCUGAACCGUCACUGCUGAGCCUCCAGCACCCGCCCAGCUCCGCCCCGCCUGUGCCUCUGCUGAGAAGCCACUCAAUGCCUUCGGCCGCCUGCAGCCUCGGCACGCCCCACCACCCCUUCCGAGGCAGCUACUCCUUUGACGACCACAUCGCUGACCCUGAAGCCCUGAGCCGCAGCAGUCAAGUGUUUACCUCCCACCCCCGGAUGCUCAAGCGCCAGCCGGCCAUCGAACUUCCCUUGGGAGGGGAGUAUAGCGCCGAGGAGGCGGGGCCGAGUAGCAAAGACACAGCCGCCAAACCCGCAGAUGAACCGGAACCCAAGGAAAGUGAACUCACCAAAAAGACCAAGAAGGGUUUGAAAACGAAAGGGGCGAUCUAUGAAUGUAACAUAUGUGGUGCUCGGUACAAGAAAAGGGACAACUAUGAAGCCCAUAAAAAGUACUACUGCUCAGAGCUUCAGAUCGCAAAGCCCGUCUCUGCGGGCGCCCACGCGCCUCCAGGAGCUGAGAAGAGCCAGGCUGAGCAUGAGCCCUGGUCCCACGUGAUGCAUUACAAGCUGGGAGCCACGCUGGAGCUCACUCCACUGAGGAAGAGGAGGAAAGAGAAGAGCCUCGGGGACGAGGAGGAGCCACCUGCCUUGGAGUCAACAAAAAGUCAGUUUGGCAGCCCUGGGCCAUCAGAUGCUGCUUGGAACCUUCCCCUGGAGUCCACCAAGUCACCAGCAGAACCAAGUAAGUCAGCGCCCUCCCUGGAGGGACCCAUGGGCUUCCAGCCGAGGACUCCCAAGCCAGGGUCCAGUUCAGAGUCAGGGAAGGAGAGGAGAACAACGUCCAAAGAAAUUUCUGUCAUCCAGCACACCAGCUCCUUCGAGAAGUCCGACCCCCUGGAGCAGCCCAGCGGCUUGGAAGGGGAAGACAAGUCUCCUGUGCCAUUCCCAUCGCCCCCACCCGCCCCUCAUGGACGCCCAGCGCACUCCCUGCAGCCCCGGUUGGUCCGCCAGCCCAACAUUCAGGUCCCCGAGAUCCUGGUGACUGAGGAGCCCGACCGGCUGGAUACAGAGCCUGAGCCGACCCCUAAGGACCCGGAGAAGACGGAGGAGUUCCAGUGGCCCCAGCGCAGCCAGACGCUCGCCCAGCUCCCGGCAGAGAAGCUGCCACCCAAGAAGAAGAGACUGCGCCUGGCGGAGAUGGCACAGUCAUCGGGGGAGUCCAGCUUCGAGUCCUCCCUGCCGCUGUCUCGCAGCCCAAGCCAGGAGAGCAGUGUCUCUCUGAGCGGGUCCAGCCGCUCCGCCUCCUUCGAGAGGGAUGACCAUGGCAAAGCUGAGGCCCCAGGGCCCUCAUCCGACAUGCGCUCCAAACCCUUGGGCACCCACAUGCUGACUGUCCCCAGCCACCACCCACAUGCCCGAGAGAUGCGCAGGUCAGCCUCGGAACAGAGCCCUAACGUUUCCCAUUCUGCACAUAUGACCGAGACACGCAGCAAAUCGUUCGACUACGGCAGCUUGUCCUUGACAGGCCCUUCUGUGCCGGCCCCAGCGGCCCCAGCAGCCCCGCCAGAGAGAAGAAAAUGCUUUUUGGUGAGACAGGUCUCUUUGAGCAGGCCUCCAGAAACGGAGCCAGAGGCCACCCCCAAGGGAAGACAGGAGAACGAGGACCCAAAGCCUUCAUCCUGCAAACCUCCGGCCAAAAGCUCAUUGCCCCAGAUUUCCUCAGCGGCCACCUCGCCCAGCCGGCACCCAGGAGACAAGAGCCAGGUGCAGGACAGACCUCCACUGGGGUCCACUCCACCCUAUACAGAAGCACUGCAGGUGUUCCACCACCCCACUGCCCAGCUUGCCCUGCAUGAGAAACCAUACCUGCCCCCACCAGUCUCCCUUUUCUCCUUCCAGCACCUCCUGCAGCGUGAGCCAGGACAGUCUUCAGAAUUCUUCUCCACCCAGGCCAUGUCCAGCCUCCUCUCUCCACCGUACUCCAUGCCCCCGCUUCCUCCUGCCUUAUUUCAAGCCCCGCCACUUCCUCUCCAACCUGCUGUUUUGCACCCAGGCCAACUCCACCUCCCCCAGCUCCUGCCGCACCCAGCUGACAUUCCCUUCCGCCAGGCCCCUGCAUUUCUCCCCAUGCCAUACCCGGCCACCUCAGCACUCUCUUCUGGGUUUUUCCUGCCUCUGCAAUCCCAGUUCACCCUUCAGCUCCCUGGCAAUGUGGAAAGCCAUCUGCCCCAGAUCAAAACCAGCCUGGCCCCGCUGGCAACAGGAACCACUGGCCUCUCCCCCAGCACAGAGAACAGCAGUGACAUCCAGCUGCCCCCUGUGGCUCCCCUGGCCAGCUCCUCGGCACCUGUGUCAGCCCCUCCGCUGGCUCUGCCUGCCUGUCCAGACACCAUGGUGUCCCUGGUUGUGCCCGUCCGCAUUCAGACUAAUAUGCCAUCCUACGGGAGCGCCAUGUACACCACCCUCUCCCAGAGCCUGGUCACUCAGUCCCAAGGCAGCUCAGCAACUGUAGCUCUUCCCGAGCUUGAGGACCCCACAUGCAAAGAGACGACUGUGUGUGGGGCAGGCGUGCCUGAGGUCAGGCCCAGCACAGCUGCGGUAAGUGGAGAGCAGAGCAGAGGUUUCCAGACUCUGCAUCUGAGAGUGCCUGUGGCAUUACCCGGAAGAAAAGGAACUUCCCUGUUAUCAGAGAGUGUCUUGAGCCUGGAGGGGAGUUCAUCAACAGUAGGGGGAAGCAAACGUGUCCUUUCACCAGCUGGCAGCCUUGAACUUACCAUGGAAACCCAGCAGCAAAAAAGGGUGAAGGAAGAGGAGGCUUCCAAGGCAGAUGAAAAACUAGAGCUGGUAAAACCGUGCAGCAUGGUGCUCACCAGCACCGAGGACAGCAACAGGCCGGAAAAGGCCCACUUGGGCAGCCAGGGCCAGGGCAGGAGGGAACUAGAAACGCUGUCCAGCGUGUCCUCAGAUCCCUCUGACCCCAAGGAAAUUCCUCCCCUUCCUCGCCCCUCGUUACCCCAUGUGACAGCCCCAGGCUCAGAGGCUUUGAAGGAGUAUGCCCAGCCGUCUGGUAAACCUCACCGAAGAGGGUUGCCUGCACUGAGUGUAAAGAAAGAAAAUUCCAAGGAACAACCCGACCUUCCUCCACUGGCCCCUCCCAGCUCGCUGCCUCUGUCAGAAGUGUCUCCCAGACCAGCCCAGUCGCAAGAAGGUACGGACUCAAAGAAGGUACUGCAGUUCCCCAGCCUCCACACGACCACUAAUGUCAGUUGGUGCUAUUUAAACUACAUUAAGCCAAAUCACAUCCAGCAUGCAGAUAGGAGGUCCUCUGUUUACGCUGGUUGGUGCAUAAGUUUGUACAACCCCAACCUUCCAGGGGUUUCCACUAAAGCUGCUUUGUCCCUCCUGAGGUCUAAGCAGAAGGUGAGCAAAGAGACAUACACCAUGGCCACAGCUCUGCAUCCUGAGACAGGAAGGCUUGUGCCAUCCAGCUCCCGCAAGCCCCGCAUGACAGAGGUUCACCUCCCUUCGCUGGUUUCCCCGGAAGGCCAGAAAGACAUAGCUAGAGUGGAGAAGGAAGAAGAGAAGCGAGGGAAGCCGGAGGAGGACGCUCCUGCCUCCAAGAGAGGGGAGCCGGCGAGGAUCAAGAUCUUUGAAGGAGGGUACAAAUCAAACGAAGAGUAUGUUUAUGUGCGAGGCCGCGGCCGAGGGAAAUAUGUUUGUGAGGAGUGUGGAAUUCGCUGCAAGAAGCCCAGCAUGCUGAAGAAACACAUCCGCACCCACACUGACGUCCGGCCCUAUGUGUGCAAGCACUGUCACUUUGCUUUUAAAACCAAAGGGAAUCUGACUAAGCACAUGAAGUCGAAGGCCCACAGCAAAAAGUGCCAAGAGACGGGGUUGCUGGAGGAGCUGGGAGCAGAAGAAGGAACCAGUGACGACCUGUUCCAGGACUCGGAAGGGCGAGAGGGCUCAGAGGCCGUGGCAGAGCACCAGUUUUCAGACCUGGAGGACUCAGACUCAGACUCGGACCUGGAUGAAGAUGAGGAUGAGGACGAGGAGGAGAGCCAGGACGAGCCAUCAGGACCGUCCUCAGAGGCACCCCCACCCGGCCCACCGGCCACACUGCCGGCAGACUCCUCGCCCGUUCAGGGCCCUCCACCCCCAGAUGCCACCUCUGGCAACCAGGCCACGUGGGGCAGCUCAGUCUCGGAAGCCGAGCACUUGACAGCCGGAGGUUGCUCCACAUCCAGCCAAAGCAUCCUGUGCCUCCCCCGGCUGGGACUAGCCCCUUCUGGCCCGAUGGAGAAGGACACAGGCUCAGCCCUGAGCUCCAAGGCCAUGUCCCCAAGAAGGCUGUGGUCCCCGAGCAAAGAAGCGGGAAGCCACCCGCCACUCGCCCACAAACACUCACUGACCAAAAGCGACUCGUCUCCCCAGCGACGGUCACCGGCCCGAGAGCCACAGGCCUCAGCCCUGAGCCCGCCCAGCCCCCCAAAGGGCCCUCUCCCUUGCGGGUCUCGAAGACUCGAGCUGUCUCCUCUCACCUCCCACCCCCUCGGACGGGAACUGCCCCCUCAAGCACAUCUGCCCCCUGAACGCGAGGGUGCCGCAGACCCAGGCUCCCGCAGACACUCGCCCACCCGGAGAUGGUCUCCAGGCCAGGCCGAGUCACCACCAUGGUCAGCGCUGCCCGGGAAGUGGGCCUUGGCUGGGCCGGGCAGCCCCACGACGGGCAAGCAUGGCCCAGGCUCGGGGCUGGCCCCACGGGCUCUCCAUCCACCCGUGCCUCUACCUCACAUGCUUCUCGGCAGAAGUCCCGAGACCUGCGCCUCCACGUGGCAGAAGGCCGAGUCCCGAAGUCCCUCCUGCUCACCUGGCCCUGCUCAUCCUCUCUUCUCCCGACCCUUCUCUGCCUCCCAUGACUUCCACGGCCACAUCCCGGCCCGGACAGAGGAGAACAUCUUCAGCCACCUCCCUCUGCACUCCCAGCACUUGACCCGUGCCCCGUGCCCCCUGAUUCCCAUUGGUGGGAUCCAGAUGGUGCAGGCCCGGCCGGGGCCCCACCCUGCCCUGCUGCCAGGGCCCACGGCGCCCUGGGUCAGCGGCUUCUUGGGGGGUGGCAGCGACCUGACAGGGGCCCGGGAGGCCCAGGAGCAAGGCCGCUGGAGUCCCACUGAGAGCUCAUCAGCCUCCGUGUCCCCUGUGGCGAAGGUCUGCAAGUUCACACUCUCCUCGGAGCUGGAGGGCAGGGGCUACCCCAAGGAGAGGGAGAGGACGAGCGGGGGCCUGGGCAGACCUCCCGACUGGGAGCCCUGUGUGGCUAAGGUGCCCCCAGAGCCUGUGCCCACGCACAGUCCCCGGACCCCACCCGAGGCCUCACCCCAGCCACCCCAGGGCCACCGGGCAGAGUCCCCGCGCACGUUGGUCGACCCCGCGGCCUCCACCCCCCCGCCACUGGACCGCAGCAGUUCUGUGGGCUGCCUGGCGGAGGCCUCCGCUUGCUUCCCAGCCCGGAGGAGGAACCUCUCUGGGGAACCCAGGACCAGUCAGGGCUCCCCCGAGCCCUCAGGAAGUGGGGGGCCUGGGGCACCUCCACACCAGCCCAAGGACAGGGCCCCCCCGAGCACUUAGCCUCUCUCCAACCGCUUCUGCAUCUGGCUUCCAGUGUUCGGCAACAGACGUUUCCGGCCAACUUCCUCGAAUCAUCUUGCUGUCAUGAGCUCCCUUUUCCGUCUGUCCAUCUGUCUAAGCAGCUCCUGCCCAGCCCCCAUCUGUUAUAUCUUCCCACAUAUGCAGUUACCUGUGCCUUCUUAUGUAUCUUUUGUUGCUUGAAAAGAAACAAACACAACACACACGUAAAAAAAUACAAACUCACGAGGAGUUUGAGGCUGUGAAUAUUUUGUGCUUUUUUGAGAAAGGGUGUAGGUGAGGCCUUACCCUGGGCCACUGCAGUCGGCAGCCAAACCCCAAGGCUGGCAAGAGGUGGCUAUUUGCUGAGGGAAAGGGGAUGCACUGAGGGAGAAGAAAAACCGAGAAACUUUUAAAAGACAUAUAAUUAAAUGUAAAAGCAAGCACUCCUACGUAUAGAUGUUUAUGGUUCCUAUUUAUUGCUGCUUAUUCCACCCCAGCUAGUGGCCACCCCUCUCUGCCAGCAGAAGGGCCAGCAGCCCAAGGCAGAGGGACAUAGACACAGGCAGGGAGACCCCACUCAGCCUCCACGGGCAGGCCCAGAAAACUCCAACUUUCUUUUCCCCAAGAAAAAGAAAAUGUUACUUUUCCUAGGAUUUCAACACAAAAUAAUAGGAGGAGGUAGAAGGUAGGAGCUGGUUGGUUCCCCCGGGGCUCCCAGAUGCCCAGGUGGUCUGAGUCAUGGGCCCAUCCUGGCCUCUGACCCGUGGAAAUCCCCCUUGCCCUCCUGGCCCCCAGCAUCUCUCCUCUACGUCCCCACCGCUAGCCCCUGGGCUGGGAAAGGAGCCCUGACCAUCCAUCUCCUAGCUCCUGAGCACCCCCACCUAGGUGUUGCUCUCAGGGCCCCGGCCACAGGCUGCCUUCCUUGCUCUAGAAACUACCUACAAGGCUGAAAGGCCUGGCCCUUAGGGGUCAAGAUCCAAGGUGUGUAGCCUUGCCGUUCCUGAGGCCAGGGCUUGGGUUUCGUGCCACAUAUGGUCCCUGGGGUACGAAGGGCCCUAUUUCCUCUUGGGCUGGGCUCCUCCGGCGCUCUGCACUGGACGUUCGCAGAGACCCGUUUCUGGACCUUUUCACAGCAGGACCGGUUCCCUCGUCCCCACCCCACGCUGUCAGGCCUCCACUCCCCCCGGGAAGGACCCAAAACCGUGACUGGUGGAAACUGCCCAGGCCUGUUUGUUGACUUAAAUCUCUUUUAAAAAA